AUGGAGUCUCUGAAAGGAAAAACACGGGGAGAGGACUUGUAUGACCGGGUGUCUGCUGUCAUCGAAAAUAUGAAGCUCCCUUGGAGUAAACUUAUCAACGUCACCACAGAUGGAUCUCCUAAUUUGACAGGGAAAAAUGUCGGCCUGCUGAGGAGAAUACAGAAUAAAGUGACAGAUGAAAUUCCUGACCAGAAUGUUAUUUUCCUUCACUGCAUCAUCCACCAGGAAUCUCUAUGUAAAUCGGUAUUACAGCUGAAUCAUGUUGUGAAUCCUGUCGUAAAACUUGUCAACUUUAUACGUGCAAGGGGACUUCAGCACUGUCAGUUCAUCACGUUCCUGGAGGAAACUGAUGCGGAUCACCAGGACCUACUUUAUCACUCCCGUGUCCGCUGGUUAAGUUUGGACAAAGUGUUUCAACGAGUAUGGGAGCUCAAAGAGGAGAUCGAUGCAUUUUUGGAGUUACUGAGGAAGGCCGGCGAAUUUCCUGAGCUGAGCAACAAGAGCUGGCUUUGUGACUUUGCGUUUGCUGUGGAUAUAUUUUCACACAUGAAUGAACUGAACGUGAAGCUACAGGGGAAGGAUCAGUUUGUGCAUAACAUGUACACAAACGUGAAAGCCUUUAAAUCCAAGCUGGCUUUUUUCUCCAGGCAAAUUUCAAAUAAGUUAUUCACUCAUUUUCCCACACUAGCCACGCUGGAAGAGGCCGGCGCAAAUGUGAAAAAAUACAGCGAGUCACUGGAUGCGCUGCACAGAGAAUUCUGCCGUCACUUUUCUGAUCUUGAAAAAAUUGACGUCACUUCAGUUGGUGGCCUGUCCCCUGUCACAAGAUCCUGA